AUGAUUUAUAUCUUUCAGCUUUUUUCAGGAAAAGAAUUGUUUGUUGAGGCAACAUGCUGCUGCAAGACUGGGCUCACCAGCAGAUGCUCUUGCACAGGAGUGAGUGGGAGAGCACUCUCAGCCUGGUGCAGACAAUCUUUGGCAUCUGAUCCAGUCCAAACAAACAGACAAAAAAAUACCCUAAAGAUAUGAAGCCUGUUAAAAGAAGCCAGUGAGCUUUCCAGGAGGAGCCAGGGAAAGGUGAAGCCACAAGAAGUCUGAGGGCCCAUGGGAAGAGUUGCAAGAACAGGCUCUCUUCUCCGAAACCAUGCCAGAGAUGACAGAGAAUGAGACACCUACUAAGAAGCAACAUCGAAAGAAAAACCGGGAAACACAUAAUGCAGUGGAGAGACAUCGAAAAAAGAAGAUUAAUGCUGGGAUAAACAGAAUUGGAGAACUCAUUCCCUGCUCUCCAGCACUUAAGCAGAGCAAGAACAUGAUCCUGGAUCAGGCCUUUAAGUAUAUAACAGAAAUGAAAAGACAAAAUGAUGAACUUCUGUUAAAUGGAGGGAACAAUGAACAGGCUGAAGAGAUAAAAAAGCUCCGGAAACAGUUGGAUGAACUGCAAAAGGAAAAUGGGAGAUACAUCGAGCUCCUGAAAGCAAAUGAUAUUUGCCUGUAUGAUGAUCCYACAAUCCACUGGAAAGGAAAUCUCAAAAAUGCCAAGGUCUCAGUWGUCAUUCCCAGUGAUCAGGUUCAAAAGAACAUCAUUGUCUAUUCMAAUGGGACUCAACCCAAUGGAAAUAACCAGGGAGCAUCUGUCCAGGGCAUAACAUUUAAUGUUGGUCAUAAUUUACAAAAGCAAACAGCCAAUGUUGUGCCAGUUCAGAGRACUUGCAACCUAGUGACUCCUGUGACAAUUGCUGGUAUUUAUCCCACAGAAAAUAAGCCAUGGUCACAACCUACAGUUUCUCCAGUGGCAUCUGCUCAGACAGCUCCAGCAGGGAAUGUUCUCGAGAUUUCCACCSCGGAGAACGAGCGGGGUGUGCCCACCACUGCUCCUGCCAGCUCACAGAGCACACCUCGACCUGCAGCAGAGCAGGUACUACAGUGUUCCUCAAGUAAUGCAGCACAGAACGAGCAAAAUGCCCCCAAAAGUAAAAAUGAYGAGGAGGGCACUAAAUCAACAAAGAAAACACUCGUGCUGGGAACCAGCCUUCCUUCCAGUGCCUCUGCAGAAGCCUCCCAAGUUCAACAGGUGAAUGCAACCUGCUCAAAUACACACAAUUCCAGGAGUGACCUUCAGGAAAGCUGUGCCACUUCAACCACAGACACAGCUUCUGUGCCAGCUGUGAGAUUAUCMACUGCAGAGAGCUGCUCUUCUGUAAAUGUCCCCAAAAGUACGRUUGUGAUCAGCAGUGCUGGGACUCCUGUGACAUCUGCGGCAGAAGGAGCUAAGGCUGUGACAGCAAUAAGCACUCUGGCUGCCAGUCCUCUGGAGAAYUGCUGGUCUUUUUCUGGCUCUUCAGGUGUUGGCACUUCAGACUUGAAAAACAUGAGUAGCCUUACUCGGAUGCCUUCAGCUGGGAACACACAGACCACAUGGACAACUUUGCAGCUGGCAGGAAACACUGUUCAGCCACUGAGCCAAACWCCAUCUGGGAUAAUGACUGCCCUCCUAAAUGAGCCAGUCAGUGCUGCUGGCACUGUGUCCUCUGCCCACAGCAGGCCUUUGACUACCAGCAUCAGUUUGCAUGCUUCUGUGCCUGGGGAUGGCCAGGCAGCUGAACAGAUUGUGGUUACUUUGCCCUCAUGCCCACCUGUACCUAUACAGCCUUUAAUCAGCCAGCCACAGGUUAAAGCUCAGGCUGCAGGAAAUAUCCUUCCAUUAAAUUCAGCUAUGCAGGUGAUUCAGAUGGCUCAGCCAGUGGCCUCAGCUGUGACAGGAGCACCAGCUAACCAGAAUGUCAUCAUUCUCCAGCCUCCAAACCCUGCUCCGUGCCCACCCAUUGUGAGAGCAGAAGUUCCCAGCCAAAAUGUUAGUCAGCAAAUUGUAAUUAUACAAGCUGCAAAUCAGAAUCCUCUUCCCCUCCUCUCUGCUCAGCCUUCUGCUCCUGUGAGAGUUCCCAUGAAUGGGCCGACUGCAGUCGCCAACUCCAGCAGCUCCAUGCAAAAUGCCUCUCUUCCACAGACUUUUGGAGGGAAACACCUUGUCCAUAUAUUACCAAGGCCAUCCUCUUUGCCAUCUUCUAGCUCUACACAGACAUUUUCAGUGACAAUGUCCAAUCAACAGCACCCUCAGACUAUCUCAUUAAAUGGGCAGCUUUUUGCCUUGCAGCCUGUGAUGUCUUCAUCUGGAGCUUCAAGCCAAGCCCCUAUGCAAAUUAUCCAGCCCACCACCAGUGAAGAUCCAAAUACCAAUGUUGCCCUCAAUACAUUUGGUGCUUUAGCUAACCUCAAUCAAAGCAUUUCACAGAUGGCUGGACAGAGCUGCUUGCACUUGUCUCUCAGCCACCCCACCAAUCCUGCAAGUGUCAACAACCAGAUUGCCACGGUCAACUGUGUGUCACUGCCAACUUCUGUGGCAUCUUCGGUGCCUGCAGAGGUUUCAGUAUUAACCAGUGCAUCUAAUUCCAUAAAUGCUUCCCCCCAAAAAGCAGCUGCCGGCUUGCCAUCCACCGCAAAAUCAAAAAGGACAAACAAAAAGCCAAGCACAAAGAAACACCAAGCAGUCAAUAAUAAAGUGUCCUGCCCAGCAGUUCCUUGCAAAGACGCAGGGAAGGUGGACUGUGCUCCUGUGGAAACRGUGGCAAAGCAUUCAGAUGGCAAAGGGCCACCUGAAAACACCCUGGCAGCAUCACAGGCUGUACCCACAUCACAGGCGAGCGGAGCGGCCGCGUCGAGCAGUGUCAGCACUUGUGACUCUCACUCCAAAGAGACUGUGAGCUCUGAACAGGCAGAGAAAACCCCCUCUGCUCCCGAGCCAAGCUCAGCAGAGGUGCCUGCUGCCUCACCACUGGAGGCUGUGGUGUCAGAGCAGCUGCUGCUCACUCCAGCUCCAGCCAAAGAUGCUGCUCCUCACCAUCAGGCACAGGGGYCUCAGAGCAACCCAGCCACUGCCUCCACCUUGGCAGAGUCUCCCAAAACCUGUGAACCCCCCAACACCUUAACAUCCUCUCRUAAAGAAGCACAGGUGACACAUUUGCAGGYUGCUGAGACAUCAGCAGCACAGAGYAACACAGCAGGUCAUACUUCCAAGGCAGGAAUGAUUUCAGAGUCCUGCAACAUCCCACAGGAUUCUUCAGUGGUAAUGCAAGAUGCGGACUUGUUAGAAGGGCARGGUCUAACCAAAAUGUUGUCUGAUCUCACAAAAGAAAGAACAGCUGUGGAAAAAACCUCUUCAUUUACUGUUCAGGGGGAGCAUUCUAMUUUUCCUAUGGAAAACUCUAAAUCGGCAGAACCAAAUGUUGAUUUGCCUGAGAAGCAGGAACUCUUGCUGAUGAACACGGAAGGGGACACUCUCUCCCAGCAUCACUCCUGCAUCUCUGAUCAGGAGGUGGUCAGUGCUUCCCUUAUCACCAGCAGGCAGGCAGACUCCCCGAUGUCAACCAGCUCUGGCAGCAGUCGAGGCUUCUCAGUUGCAUCYAUGCUACCAGACACGGCCAGAGAAGAUGUCACAAGCAGCACCUCAACCAGCACCUGUAACAGCUGCACAUUUUCAGAACAGACUGACAUUGUAGCUCUUGCAGCAAGAGCGAUUUUUGACCAGGAAAGCCUUGAGAAGGGUGGAGGGGGAAUACAGGUUAACACGAGGGAUGCCAUCUCUAAGUCUGAGGCUGCACCUUUGGAGAGAGAGCAGCAGCCUUUUAAACCUCAGUCGGUGAAAGAAAACAGUGCAGGSCCACUGGAAGUGGCACCGAGCAAAUUCAGUGCUCAUGAAACAGUACAGACAAAUGUGGACAGGCAGGUUGAGAAGCCAAGCUGCUCUGUAGGAGGUGUGGAAACAUCAAACRCUCCUUUGCAGAUUUCCACUUCCCAGACACCGAGCAUAACCAGYCUAAGUGUGAAUAAUCUGAUCCACCAGAGCCGCAUUGUCCAUCCCCUGGUGAGCUGCUCGAGUUUAUCCCAAUCUUCAGAGCCUGCAAGCAUCCCUGCAAGUGUGAGCCUCUCCCUUCCAUCUAGCACAUAUAUCAAUCCAUCUCCAGGCCCUGCUCUGAUGAGUGAAUAUGCUCAGGAACAACUGAAUGCUAUCAGGGCAAGCACCAUGCAGGCUCCCCARCUGCAGGAAUCACACUUAAAGCAGCAGAAUCACGAAAGUCGCAAAGAUUCUGCCAARAGGGCCGUUCAGGAUGACCUUCUGCUUUCUACAGCAAAGAGGCAGAAGCAGUGCCAGACAGCACCCAUAAGGCUGGAGGGGAUGGCGCUGAUGAACCGAACACCAGAGGGUAUUGCUGAUCAAACACAGAUGCUGGUAGGUCAGAUUCCUCCUAAUUCAUCCAAUUCAGUGGCACCAGUGAGCAAUCAAGGGCAUGCUGAUGGCCUCAAUAGGUUAUUCCCACCAAACAGCAAUUUCGUAACACCAGCUUUGAGACAAACUGAAGUUCAGUGUGGUUCUCAGCCGCCGCUUUCUGAGCAGCCAGGCCAGGCAGGGCAGCACUUGCAGCCAAUUCAACAYGUUCCUGCUCAAGGCAUCUCUCACCUUCACAGCAACCACCCGUACCUGAAGCAGCAGCAGGCUGGGCAGUUAAGAGAGAGGCACCACUUGUACCAGCUGCAGCACCACGUCCCUCACGGGGAAAACUCCGUUCAUUCUCAGCCCCACGGUGUCCACCAACAGCGAACCAUACAGCAGGAGGUGCAGAUGCAAAAGAAACGSAACCUCAUCCAGGGAACACAAGCCACACAGCUUUCCCUACAGCAAAAACACCACGGGAAUGAUCAAACACGGCAGAAAGGUGGUCAGCCCCAUCCUCACCACCAACAAAUGCAGCAGCAGAUGCAGCAGCACUUUGGAGCUUCCCAGGCUGAAAAGAACUGUGAAAAUCCUGCAACGAGCAGAAAUCACCAUAACCACCCUCAGAGCCAUAUCAAUCAGGAUAUUAUGCAUCAACAGCAACAGGAUGUUGGCAGCAGACAGCAAGGUUCCACUUCRGAGCACGUGUCAGGGCACAACCAGAUGCAAAGACUGAUGACCUCAAGGGGCUURGAGCAGCAAAUGGUGUCCCAGGCCAGCAUUGUCACCAGACCMUCAGAUAUGACAUGCACCCCUCACAGGCAGGAAAGAAACAGAGUUUCCAGCUACUCUGCCGAGGCACUCAUUGGGAAGACGCCCUCUAAUUCAGAGCAGAGAAUAGGAAUAUCUCUUCAAGGCCCUAGGGUUUCUGAUCARCUUGAAAUGAGAAGCUAUCUUGAUGUUUCUAGAAAUAAAGGGUURGCAAUUCAUAAUAUGCAGGGCCGCUUGUCAGUCGACCACACAGUUGGCUCGGAUGUGCAGCGUCUUUCUGAUUGCCAAACCUUUAAGCCCUCUGCACCCAACCAACAACCAACGGGCACUUUUGAUGUACAGGCUUCAAGAAACAGUGAAAUUGGGAAUUCUGUGUCAUCUCUCCGGGGCAUGCAGUCACAAGCGUUCCGAAUCGGUCAAAAUGCUGCGCCAUCCAUAGAGAGGCAGAAGAGACUGCCCUACCAGCCAGUGCAGGGUAUUCCAACAGGGAAUCCCCUGCCAUCGAGGGAAAAUGAAAACACAUGCCACCAAAGUUUCAUGCAGAGCUUGCUUGCCCCUCACCUUGGUGAUCAAGUCAGUGGAAGCCAAAGAUCAAUCCCAGAACAUCAAAGGAACGCGCAGUGCGGUGCCUCCUCCACAAUCGAGUACAACUGUCCCCCAGCGCGAGAGAGCGUCCACAUCCGAAGGGAUGGUGAUGGCCAGAGCAGGGAAAGCUGUGACAUGUCCAUYGGGGCAAUUAACUCAAGGAACAGUUCAUUGACUAUUCCUUUUUCSAGUUCUUCUUCCUCAGGAGACAUUCAGGGUCGCAAUACGAGCCCAAACAUCUCCGUGCAGAAGUCCAACCCCAUGAGAAUGACRGACAGUCAUGGAAGUAAGAACCACAUGAACACAUCCAGCAAUAUGCAUGGAGUUGUGAGGCCAACUCACCCUCACCCUGCAGUUUCUCAUGGMAAUGGUGAGCAAGGGCAGCCUUCUGUUCGUCAGCCAAAUUCUUCAGUCACUCAGCGCUCGAGGCAUCCUCUGCAAGACAAUGGGGGUUCUAAAAUACGUCAGCCCGAAAGGAAUCGAUCUGGAAAUCAGAGRCAUGGAAAUGUCUUUGAUCCCAGUCUUCCCCAUCUUCCUCUGUCCACGAGUGGCAGCAUGAUCCUUGGGCGCCAACAAUCCACGAUAGAAAAAAGAGGAAGCAUUGUCAGAUUUAUGUCUGAUGGCCCUCAAGUGUCUAACGAUAAUGCGGCCCCUGAUCAACAUACUCUCUCCCAGAAUUUUGGAUUCCCUUUUAUUCCAGAGGGUGGCAUGAAUCCACCAAUAAAUGCCAAUGCCUCUUUCAUYCCCCCAGUCACUCAGCCCAGUGCCACUCGGACACCAGCUCUAAUCCCAGUUGAUCCCCAGAAYACACUGCCAUCCUUCUAUCCACCUUACUCUCCUGCCCACCCCACCCUCUCCAAUGACAUUUCUAUUCCUUACUUUCCCAAUCAAAUGUUUCCAAACCCCAGCACGGAGAAGCCRAGCAGUGGAGGUUUAAACAAUCGAUUUGGAUCCAUUUUGUCUCCUCCCAGGCCUGUUGGUUUUGCUCAGCCAAGUUUUCCUUUGCUUCCAGAUAUGCCACCAAUGCACAUGACCAACACAUCGCACUUAUCCAAUUUUAACUUAACUUCUUUGUUCCCUGAAAUAGCCACAGCUCUUCCUCCAGAUGGCUCAGCGAUGUCUCCUUUGCUUUCCAUUGCAAACACAUCUGCUUCAGAUUCUUCCAAGCAGCCCUCAAACCGCCCUGCCCACAAUAUAAGCCAUAUUUUAGGUCAUGACUGCAGCUCAGCUGUAUGAAAACUGGUCCACUGACUUCUGGUCUGAUGUGUUGUUUAUAUAUUUAAGAAGAAGGAAGUGGAUCUUACUGGCAUCCCUGGAAGAGACCAUUCAUAGCAUCACUGUUUAUUUGCCUAAAUGUAUGUAUAUGGUACUUUCCAUAUUUAUAUAUGUGUUGUGUUUCCACCCACCUUACUAACUCUAAAGCACCAGUGCCUAUAGCAAUGCUUACUUACUAGGAAAAGGUAAGGAUGCAACAUUGAGAGCUGUGCAAAUAUUGGUUGUUGAUUUUCCAACAAUCACAUUUGAUGUCUGAUUGUUCCAAGGUAAGGGCUGCCCUCAGUAAUACCUGGAGUGAGAGCAUCUGUAUAGAAAAUAGGAAACAUKUGCUACAGGUGUCUGUUUGUUCCUGAUGUGUUGAAAUCACUGCAGAGGAGCUUGAAAUGGUUUGGGUUUCUUUUUUUUCCUUUGUAAAAUACCUUCAGGAGCCUCAACACAAGUCAAGUCUGUGUUAACCCAGUGCUAACUGGAAAAGGCAUUUGUUGUGCAGCUUUUGUGCGUUUGAAGCUUUUCACAUGCACUUGACUUAAAGCUGACUUUACCUGGCAAAAUUACUGCGUGUUCCCAUGGUCAGCAAUUAAAAAUACUGUUCUAGGAAAUUUAGAUUUCUUUGACCCAUGACUUUCUAAGAAUCUUGUUUGGAUCCAUUUCAGUCAUGGCCUCAGUUAUUGCUGAACUCAGUCAGUGUUUCAGUGUAGCUCACAACACAGCAGAGACAGCAGCUAUGUUUGUUGCCAUUUCAUUGUUGGUUGCUGCAGAUUACCUCAGGGUGGGUUUUGUACCUCRUUUAGCACCUUCUCAAUGUCCUUUUUUCCCCCUCUACUUUUUUUUGGCACGUUUUCAAACACCAGCUUUCUGGUUUCUGUGAGUGACAGCCCUUUGUUGUAGCAGGCAGCACACAGGAGGAGGACUGAGCCUGUCAGUGGGAAUUCUGGGGGCACAGUUUUUACUUAAUAUUGCUGAUAGAUUCAGCCUGAAUUAAUAYCAGUACUCUGCACUUGAAUGCACCUUUUAUCUAAAUCUUUGUGAUUGUGGCUGAAGCAGGAAUAUGGAUGUGGUGAGAGUGAAACACACAGGAAGACACUGGGAUUUGAGGAAGGAUGGUGUGUUUGGAGAUGCAUGAGAGAUGGAGUGAAUGUGUGCRCUGGCUGAAUCUCCAGUUCACAAAUUUUGGUCCCAUUUCUUUUAAAGGAAAGGGAAGAAUUAGGUAAAUUUUAUUUAUUUAAUGUCUCCACAGCGUGCUUUUUCUCCAAACAGGGCAGAAAUAUUUUUCUUUURUGUGUUUAAAAAUACCAUUCUGGGUUUGAUUCUUCAAACAACACAGUAACUUCAGGUUUCCUUGCAUGCAAUUGCCCCCAAGCUUGAAAACCUUUUGUGUUGYCCACCAGUGCAUCAUCUUGCUGCUCUUGGGACUUGUCAGAAUCUCAUGAUGAGGGAAUGAGGAGGAGCAGGCUCCCUGGAAUUGUUUUGUUUUGUUU